AUGGGUGAGGAAACUGAAAAGGUGGACCAGUUGGACCCUGUAGAGGUCGAUGGCUAUGAGAACGUGUUCGGCUUACAAACCUUCAAAGAUGGGGAAAUUGAAGUCGAUGAUUUGUCAGUUCAACUGGCCUUGGCCUUUAGUGGAUUCACUGUAAAGGAAGAAGAGGAAGAUUCUAAUGAUGAAGAUGGUGAAGAGUGUCCCAACCCUGAUGAUCCACCGGCGCCUGAAGGCAAAGCGAAGGAACCACAGGAGAAGCUCCUCAAUGCUGCAAAGGCACGAGUUCGCAGAAUGGUGCAAGAGAAGUCCAAGCGGACUGACCUUGCAGCACCAGAGUUCAUCAAGUUGGAGUGGGAGAAGGGUACAGCAGCAAGAACCCAAAUGGCACUGUGCUUGCAAGAGGUGAAUUGGUCUAAGGACAAAUUCCUAGUCGAGAUGGAACGCAUCGUCACAAACAAACGCAGCAUCAAAAUCACCAGAGAUGCGGGCUGGUACUCGGAAGCUGAGAUGAAGGUGGAUCUCUCUUGGACUACGACUCGUAUCAAUGGAGCCAAAGCCUAUUGUCAAGCCCCUGAGCGAGUCAAGACCCACUGCAGGUGCAACGUCUAUGACAAUGUCAUGGAAUUCUGGGUUGUGACCCGGGAACGGGGAAGCCAGGAAGAUGCCCGGGAAAUUGAAGAUAAGAAAAGAUCCCUCGAAAAGGGCGACGCCCCGGUGGCGAUUGCUGAUGACAUGUUCAACGACUUGGAAGAUGGGGUCAACCGCAUGGCCGUACCAGCUGCUACCGCAGAAGCUGCAAAUGGCUCUGCUACUCCCGGUCAAGAUGCUAUCACCAAUGCUAAGAACAUUCAGGAUUGGUCGUUGAAAACAUUGACCGAGCACAUCGGUAAGUUGGAGACGGAAUAUGAUGUUCUGAACGAUGAGCUUGCGAAGGGAGAGUCAUCUAGCUUUGGACGAGUCGCGCCACUGCUGCUGAAACCAAAGUUCGGCCACGGCCUGAACGGUCAAGAGAUGCCAGUGCUAGCAAGGAAGUCAAAGCAGUUCCUGGAUAAGAAUGCGGCGGACACUUCCCGGAGGACUGAUGACAAACCCCGACAGAGCAAGCGUAUUGCAGAGGAUGCAUUGCCCAAGGCAAAGGCUAAGUCGGUUCCCUGUGCAGUGGCUAUUCGAACAGCUCGUGCAAUCACACGGGAAGUUCCACAAGCUGCAGCAAGCAGUAUUGCAGCAUUAGCGUCAUGUGCUGAAAAAAAAUCAGAAAGGGAUGCCCACCGCUUGUCCAAGAAGUACAAAAUUACGCUUGGGCUUCCAUUGAAUUCUUUGAAGGUACCCACUGGCGUAAUCCACUAUGUGAAAAUGUCAGCUUGGGCGUCUUUCAUCAUGAAGCACAACUUAUGGCACAACCUAACAGGACUUGAAACUCCAAAUCACGAUCGCUGCUGCGCUAUCUGGACACUGUUUUGGGAAAGGUAUCGCAAAAUCAAUGGGGGACACGAAGUGUUUCAAAGAGAAGACAUAGACUUGUCACGAACAUGUGCUCUACUCAUUCAUGGCGACGAGGGGCGCACCCUCAAAAAGGCCCCAAUUAUGAUCCUUAGCGCGCACAGUGUUUUGGGCCAUGGAAUUUCAACUUCAAAGAAGAGAGAUGAAUUUGCAUUCAACAGAAUGAACUUUGAACAUUCAACGUGGACUACUCGCUUUUUGCUUUCUGUUUUGCCGCGUUCAUUCUACAAACUGGACGAUGGACAAGAGAUCGAUGUAUUCCAAGAUCUUUUGAGAGUUUUGACUCAAGACCUACGCAUGCUCUAUGAGACUGGGGUAACUGACAGGUCUGGCAAAAAAAAAUUCUUUGCGACCAUCCGGGUGAUGGGCGACUGGCCCUUUAUUGUCAAGGCCGGCUGUUUGAACAGGUCUUUCCAGAACGUGGCAAAGCACCAGUCUAGCAAGGCAUCCCCAAAGGGGAUAUGCCACAGGUGUUGUGCCGACUUGCCUGGCUAUCCUUGGGAAGAUUUGACUUCAGAACCAACGUGGAAGAGUAGCAUCAACACACUGAGCCCAUUUGCAAGAGCUCCAGCAUUGCUGGGCUUAGUGGUGGAUCCACAAGAUGCACCGGCAUUCUUUGAGUUCGAUCUAUUCCAUACGUGGCAUCUUGGAAUAGGCAGAACCUACCUGGCUUCAGCAAUCAUUGUGUUUGCGCUGAGCACUAUGUUUGAAGGAAGUAUUGACACUCGACUUGAGACAGUUACAAACCGGUACUUGGCAUGGUGCACAAACAACAAAAUAUCCCCAGUGGUUCGUCGAUUCAGCAAGGACUCUCUGUCUUGGCCACAGAGCAAUGUUUUCCCAUGCGGCAGAUGGAGCAAAGGGGCAGCAACUACAGUGAUUUCAAAAUGGUUUUUGCAUGAGUGCAGAUCUAAUCGCAACGAUCUGGAAUCUAAUGAACUAUUCAUGAUUGUUUGCGAUGCUACUGAAGCCAUCAGUACGUUCUUGUCAGGCCUCUACAAGCAAGAUGUUUGGAUCAAGUCUGAAAAAGCUAGUUUUUUAGCAAGACAGGGCGACAUGUUUUUGGAAAAAUAUGGAGAGGCAGUCCGUGUUUGUUUUCACUCACGAAGGCAGUUGUUCAUGCUGAUGCCAAACCUACAUCGGUUGGCUCACAUCACCGACGACAUGGAGAAGCAAAGCAAAGUCUCUGAAUGGGUUUGGAACCCUUUAGUUUACAGCUGUCAGGCUGACGAAGACUACGUAGGUAGACCAUCGCGAGUCAGUCGAAGGGUUUCGAUUCUUCAGACUAUCAAGAACACUCUUUUGCGCUGCAUGGAAGCGGCUUACUCGCAUUAUGUGAGCGCCGGUCUUUUGAUUAUGGAUGCAGAUUGA